UGGCUCUUUUUAUUCUAGCAGAGAUAUUCGAGUUAGUAAUGGCAUUUGAUGCUCUACGAUUACGGAACAUUAUACAGCUCCUGGGGAUCAUUCUCUUUCAUGGAGCUCUCAUCGUCUUUUCCGCCCUUCAAUUUCAUGAAACCAACGUCGCUAUAUUUAAUUGCGAGUUUUGCAUUCCAGAUGCCAAUCAGCUAUGGAAUAGAGUCCAACCGUUCCUAAUUGUCGCUCCCUGCAUAGUUGCUGCGUCGUGGUUCUUUUUGGUGUUCUGGAUCAAGCAGCUGUAUGCUGAGUUUGGAUGGGUUAUCUUCCAUGUCGUGGGGGCAAACCCGAAAUUCAAGUCGAUGUAUCAAUUCUAUCAAAUCUUCCUAUGCUUACUUAAAUUCGACUUCUUCUGUUUCGUGGGGGUGACUAUGCAGCUUCUCAUCGUUGUUCUCAACAAGGAUUCCGCUGAAUUUGGUGUCACAAUCGCUGCAAUUCCUGUCGUUUUGUUGCUUUUGGCUGGUUGCGCACGUGCUGUCAAGCACGAAGUUAAGUUGCUGAUGGCCUUUUCCCUCGCAUUGAUGCUACCUGCGAUGUCCUAUUUCUUGUACAAACUCGAUCGCUUCUAUGCGCCUUCCACCGAGGGCCAGUACGUUUCAACUCGCGCCACAUUGACUGUCUUCACCGUCGUCGCCUUCCUGCUCCUCUCAGCCACGCUCGCGAUCGGAAUCAAGUGCUUCCGUGACUUUGACAAGGGACUUUACGAUUCCAAGGCGCAUGGUCAGUCUUACACCCCUGUCAAGAUGCAGGUUAUGGACGUGUUUAGAAUGAGGGACAAGUCGGAGCAACAGUCACCAUAUUCCGCAGUCGGCGUUCCUCUUCAGCCACAGAUAUCCAUCGAGUAAUACACGUCUCAUACUUAGCAUGAACUUCACAAUGACUCGGGGACUACAAUCAAGAGGAUAUGGACAAGGUGCAUAUGUAAAGAUCUAUUCUUCAGCUGUUGGAAGUGGAGAGGAUCUCUUUUGUCUUAUUUAGCGUUCUACAGCUUGCGUAAUUCCUGUUAGCUAUUACUAUUAUACCCUUUAAGUAUGACGCCAAUCAGAAGGGGGACAGAAAACUGGAACUCCAAACACUACCGAA